AUGACUUGGUUUACCGGUGCCCGAGACACGUCCGAUAAAGGCUGGCAUUUCGAUGCCGUCAGUCUCCUGGCAGUGAUUGGAGAAUCCAUUAUCGAGAGGCAGAAGCAUAUUAUAGUAGCUUCAUCAUUUAGCGUCCUCCCUCGUCUUUUACCGGCGCCACAAGCCAUUUUGAACAUGGGUUCGACGACGCAGCUACCACUGCUUAAAAAUGUGUCUGUCAUUGGUGUACAUUCAGGAGCAAUGUACGACGAACUAGGUUACGUCGCCCAAAGGAUACAUCAGACAGAUAAGCUGCAACCAUACGAAUGUCGUGUCUAUGAAAUCUGUCGUUCGGAAAGUUAUGAACCAGAUGCCGACAUUCGCAAAUUGGAAGAGUGUCAUGAAUCUAGAAGAAUAAGAAUACGGCUCAAGCAGUUCUGCGUCAUGAAUAUCUUGACCUUGGCAUCUGUCCUCUUGACAGUCGGCUUGGCUGUCUGGUCAAUCCUUAUUCACGAUGGUAUUGGAUUACUAGCCAUAACCACUAUGUCAAUAUCCAGCAGUCUGGCAUGCCUUUCGCAACGCUCAAAUCCAGAAACUGGGGAAGGAAGAACCGACCUUGAUAAAAUGCCCGGCGAUGUUGUUAUCAGGACCAAGAACGGUGCUUUUGUGGUCGUGCAUUGUUCCGAGACUAUUGCCCAGGAACUAUACGCAAAGCGAGAAAGCUAUUUUUAUGCCAGGAAGCCAGAGAGUUCUGUUUUCAAAAUGCUGAUGGGGACCAGCACCAUUCUAUUGAUGGUAUCCGUGCUCCUCUUCAGCAACUGUGGGUGGACAAUGCAGACGGCUAUUGCCGUUACCUAUAUCUUGCUGAACCUGUGUUACUGGGCCGUUCCCGUGUUGUUCGAUGAGAAAAGUUUUUGGGAUCUGAGCGCUAUUUAUAAAAUCACGCUACUUAAACAUACAUAUAAGAAGAACUUAACGCGCGCACUGUGGGAAGCAAUUUCUUCAACACACCAAGUUAAAUGGGUCCGAAAGUCGCGUAUAUUACCGGAUACGGAAGCUUGGAAAGCCUGGCUACAGGAGGCAAAGGAAAGACUUUCUUCAAAUUUAGACUGGGAUCCUGAAAUGGCAAGGGACCGUUUGAUGGCAAAGGUAUCCUUGCCACCUCGCGACCCUUAG